GACACGACGAGAUCAACUCAUACGAUGUGUAACAUUGAGAAAGACUGCCACUAUGAAAAGAGCCAAAUAUGAUGGCAAAGCUAACGCAGACUGCCCCCCCCGCCUGUUCUCGGACUUUUUGCAGUACUUCAAUAUCUUGUCAUCAUCAAUCCUCAUCAUCAUCAUCAUCAUCUGUGUGAAUACUCGAAGCUCUUAUAUUCCAACCCUCACACAACAGUUGUUUGCCGACUGUGAACCGUAGGAAAGCUGAUACCGUGAAACCAUUCACUGUUCGCCAAUCUUAUGGCCGGACCGCUUCAUGUCCGCCACCGCCUUCUUCACCACGGCAACCUCAGCCCCGAAUCGAAGAAACUUCUCGAUAUCAACCAGGUCGAUCCAUUUUGGCACCAGGUUCUCUCCCUCAUCCUGCGUGUCCUUAUCGGGAGUCGAGUUGGAGUCACAUGUCGCUGCCCAGUAGUACACCGUCUUGAAGGAUGGUGACUUGGACUGAGGAUCGGGGUAGGAGCAUGUCCCGAUGAACUCCCUGCUAACGUGGUCCCAAAGAAUCUCUGGCUUCUUGUAGCCCUUGCCCUUGUUGGGGAGGGCCCUUUUCGGCAGUUGGGCUCUCGUGGGAACCUUGAGUGCCAAAGGCGUAGCCGUAAACCCGGUCUCCUCGUGCGUCUCCCUGAGGGCUGUGUCGAACCAGUGCUCUUCAACGUUCCUUCUGCCUUUCGGGAGCUGAUGGAUCUGAAGGCGGUUGUUCCAGAUGAUGAGGACCUUCGCUCUCCCAGGGUCGAUUGUUACGGUGCCGCAGGAUAUUCCAACCUCGUGCGCCGGACUAAAUGUCAUGCUCAUGUCAAUCUGGUCCAUAUCCAACUGCUCAUCACCAUGGCGAGCCAUUAUGAUGGUGAUGGUGUGUGGGCAAGGUCGAGCUGGUUGCUGAAGGGGUGGUUCAAACCAAGAAGAGGUCUCGAAAGCCCAAGAUGAUUUGGAAAGGUUAUCUUGAAGGUGCCAAUUCUAUCUGAGAGGUGGCUUUCUCGUGUCGAUGGGCGGUUUUCCCACGGCGGGCUGCUGAGACUUAUAUCUGGUCAUUUUCCUGCUCUGAGGGCGGCAGUCGGCAUGAAUCCGGAAGGGAUGGGACGGAUUCCCAAGCACACCAACCUGCGAAUCUGCCUGUGGCCCAAAAAAGACGGGAGUGACAUCCGACCGCGGCAAUGAAACCCCGCAUGACGACGGUAUUGGUGAGCAAGGGAUGGAAGUUCACAUUGGGCAUAUACAUGUACUCUCACACCAGCCCUGACCGCGCCGACUGCGACCCAGAGACACACCCCGGCAGAAGCACAACCUCUCGGAUGCAACGUGGUGGUGGCCGACUGGGCAGCAUCGAACUCGAUAUGGUAUUUCAGGGACUUGAGCCAUUGGAUCCGGAAUACCAUGACAGCGUCUUCCGGUGCAGAAGCGUCGCUGCACCAGGGGUUCCAGACCCGCCCUCAUGCCUCGAAAGCCAUAGUGGGCGCCAUAGCGGAACCAACCAUGUCGCUCCCUCACGAUGUCCUCGUCGGAACAAUCACCCCACUCACGCGUCGCCAUGAUAUAUACCAACAAGUUUCAACGAUCAGCGUCAAACACCCCGGCACACCGGUGAGGAUCCUGAUCAUGCGGCUGCUACCUUACUGGCGGUACCAGACUUUGGCCAAGCUCGGGCUUUUUAUGACAAGUCAGAUCACCCACGAAGAGACAUCCAUCACAAGCCUUGCGAUGCCAUCUCUGGCAAACCUGCCGGACUGUCCCUCUGCACGUCUCUCAUGCCCACCCUCCAACAGACGCCCUUGCUUCGGUCCACAGCUGUCAUAACAAACUUAUCAUCGGGUCGGGAUACCUUUUCUGAACGCCUGGCAAUGAUUUGAGAGAGUCCCACCCCUCCCCCGCAAUGUCCUCUGCGGGGUAUGCCCGUCAGAACCUUCUUGACACCCAACCUCGAGAGGCCCCGGUGGCCCUUCCUUCGGACCUCCAUCACCUCUCCGCGACUGUUGUUGUUUUCUGCGGCCUAUUCGACACCACCACAGUUGUCUUUGUCUCGACAUGAGAGGCUCUUCUAUGGUGUGGUAGACUAUGGUCGCACAAUCCAGGGAUUUUGGAAUCGGCUAACUAUGCGAUGUUCACUUUGUGCCACUUCGCGUCUGAUGCCUUGUAACCGCUUCACUGGGCGGCAUUUGUACCCAUCCGCAUCGAGAUGUUGUGCCACAUGGUGGAUGUCACGCAGGCUUAAUGCUGCAACUGACCGGAGUUUCGGUACUUACUGACGUGUGACAUAGUUUCUAGAAAGCUGCAGCGAUCUCUCGAGUUCACACACCAAUGGCAUGGCUGUGUAUUUCAAAUCAGACCAUACACGACUUCCAAUGAUCUGGUUUAUUCAAGUGAUCCGGUAACGAUUUUCACUAUCUUGCCUCAAGCGACAGGAGUGUGGCACGAUAUCAUCGUCGUAGGGUAACCGUUGGCGGAGCCCGCAUAUGUCACUGCCACUCAGAAGAGAUGCCUGAAAGACAAGACCAAAGCCUCCGCCCCUGGCGAUGGACUUGAUGGCCAUGUUUUGGGUUGAGUAGGACAACCAUUACGAGCCAUGGUUCAAGACAAGAUAGACAUAUAUCGCGCUGCAUAACUUCCGAAGAUGUGCAAGCCAAACGAUUCGACUCUGAAACUGUAACUGCUCUUGGAACUUUUGACCAAGUGUCAGACUUUUCUUGAAGCCAUGAUCGAUCUGAAAACAUUACCGGCGCCCUCUUGUCUCGAAAAUAGUGCCGGACACCACCACUUUUCACGCUACCCCUCUUUCUGCCGUUUUCUCAUUCUUGCGCUACCCCAGCGGCCAGUUAGAAAUAGCUGCGCUCAAGCCAAACUGUGGUUCUGGUGGUAGGACAGCCUGAAUAUGGGCUGCACUCCUCUUCAUGUCGUCGAGGCUCGAGCACGCCUUGGUUGUCUAUCAGAGCAUCGUCAAAUAUUUCUGCCGUUGCAGGAUGUGUAGGACAGCUUCUCGAUAAUCAACCAUGUAGGUGUGCCCCUGUCUACCUCCACCAUCACGGGCAUUUACCGGCCGAGCCUCUCUGUCUCUCGCUCUGGGUUCGCCCCGAGCCGCUGUUGACUACAGCAAGUGCCAGCUUUCUUCACACACUCCACUUCCCCUCACUCACGGCCAAAGCGAUCACGAUCGAUGGUAAGGAUCGGAAAGCUGGGGCGGAAGCAGCACCACCCUGCCCCCCACGUGGGGCAACUGUUAAGUCCUCACGAAGCAACAUGGGAAAAGAUCAAACGAGAAGACAAGUUCUCGAGGGAGAAACUCUAGAGUUCCAUUAUGGACUAUCAUCAUGGCCGUGUAUGUACGUACGUACCGUACAGCGGCUGAACCAUGCAGUCAUCCAGUCACUUCCUUGCCGCGCCCCUGCGCCUGGCAGCACCAAAACUUGCAAGUUUUCUUCACCGAGGUUGCCUUCGUCUGCUUCUCGCCUCUAGAUGGACCGCAACUCUGCCAGACCGGUUUCGGGAGGCGCCGCUAUUGAUUGCCGAGCACAUACACACACACACACACACACACACACACACACGCACAUGAACACAAAAGCCAUCGUCACACGGCGGCCAAACCGACAGCAACAAACGGGAACGAAGAAAAACAAACUGCACGAAUACUAUCAAAGGGAAGGUUACCCGCGAAUCAACAUCUAAGGAUGCUUCUGCAUUCAAGUGACGCCGCUGACACCAUAUUCUCAUCUUAUUUUUUGGGAGGGGAAGAAAUCCGGUAAGGUACAGAUCGGCCUGUUACAACUACCACCACAUGAACUUCCGGGUCCCUUCCCUGCUCCUGCGGCUCUUUCCCAUCAGCCGACUUCUCGACGAUAUGGUGCUGCAGGUCCAUCACAGUUUGAAGAGUGGGGGUUCAGUCCAAGUCCGCGGCCAAAGGAGCGUGCCAGUGGUAUGAUGUUUUCUUGAAUCAUUUGUCUUGAUCCGUCUCUCGCUGUUUUACACCGCACUCAUUGAGCAAGACCCGGCCCGUGUCUGCAUGACCUCAAGGUGGCAUCCUUAUCCGGGGAAAGGGAAGGAAGAGACACGAACGGGGAGACAGGCUCAUACAUCCUGGCGAGAAGCCACAAAAACGCGGAAAAGAUGCCCAUGGGACAUGAUAUAGAUGGUUUGUCCAAUCAGGUGGGGUAUUGUAUUGUUCUAUCUUUCCGCCGACAUACACGGCGUGAUCCGGUUGAAGGAUAGGGUGGGAAUGUCGUGCUGGGCGUCUACUCGGGCACCCUCUGUUCUCACGGGAGACGGGACGGCUCGCCUUUGCCAAACUUCCUGUCACUGUCCAAGGCAGCUAUCGGGCAGCGCUCUAGUUGGCCAGAUGGGCAUACUCCUUGUUGAAGGCACGCCCGAUCACCAUCCGCCUGACCUCGGAUGUUCCCGCUCCAAUCUCAUACAGCUUCGCAUCCCGCAAGAUUCUCGAAGCGGGCAUCUCCUCCGUGUAGCCCAUUCCGCCCAGGAUUUGGAUCGCAUCCAGCGCGCACUCGGUCGCCCUUUCCGCGGCAUAGAGGAUGGCACCUGCGCAGUCCUGGGUGCGGAUAUCGGCCUGCUCGUCAACCGCCUUGGCCGUGGCAUAGGUGUAUGCCCUCGAGGCCUGGAGCUUGGUGUACAUGUCGGCCAGCUUCCCUUGCAUAAACUGGAACUGGGCGAUAGGCGUGCCGAACUGCUUGCGGCCGUGGGCAUAGGGCAGCGCAACGUCCAAAGCGGCCUGCAUCAAGCCCAGUGGUCCAGCAGAAAGAACCAAUCUCUCGAGGUCCAGUCCCUCCAUCAGAACCCUAACCCCGCCGUUGACUUUGCCCAGGACGUUCUCCUUGGGGACGAAGACAUUCUCAAACACGAGCUCUCCCGUGUUGGAACCCCUCAUGCCCAUCUUGUCCAGCUUCCUCAGGCACUCGAAGCCCUCUGCCUUGUCCGUUUCGACGAUGAAUGCCGUGAUGCCCUUUGAUCCCCCAUCAGGCACAGUCUUGGCGUAGACAAUAACUAUGUCUGCGUCUGGGCCAUUGGUGAUCCACAUUUUGCUUCCGUUUAGGACGUAACCCCCGUCCACCUCCUUAGCUCUCGUCCGCAUAGAAACAACAUCACUGCCCGACCCGCUCUCACUCAUGGCCAGGGCGCCAACCUUUGUCCCCGCAAUCAGAUCAGGCAAGAACUUUUCUUUUUGUUCCUUUGAGCCAUUAAGCUGAAGCUGGUUGACGCACAGCUGGGAGUGGGCAGCAUAGGAGAGGGCGAUGGACCCCGAAGCGCGGGAGAGCUCCUCCAUGACGAUGCAGUGGGCUUGGUAACCCAGGCCUAGGCCGCCGACGGCAGGGUCGGCGGUUAUACCUAGCAGACCGGCCUCUCCCAGCUUGAGCCACAUGUCGGGGGGGAACUGGUUGGACUUGUCGGUUUCGGACGCGAGGGUUUCGGGGAGGGAGCGGCGGACGAAUUCUUGCACUGUGGUGCGGAGUUCGGAGAGGUCGGCGGGCGUUGGGGGGGUGAAGCCCUCGGGGUGUUUGGAGGAGGCAUAGUGGCGGGUGGUUUGGAGGAGGUAUGAGGAUGUUGGUAAGGGCGUUGAGAGCGGUCUUGGGGAGGUUGUUAAGGAGGGGCAACCGAGGAUGGCUUUGGACAGACGGCCAAACUGGCGGCGGGGAACUGAGAGGACGGUUCGGGGGGUUGCUGUGCGCAACAGCGCGCGGGAUGUGGAAGGGGUUGCCAUUGCUGUGAUGGUUUCAGUAGAUUCAGAGCCAACGACGACGAGUAUGUGCGACAGCAAGAUGAGGAAGGAAAAAGUUAAGGAAGACUGUAGUUCCCGGGUGACUUCUCCCUGGCUUACACGGCCAUCUAAAUGCCAAGGCCGCGCAACACCCCGGCAGGCAUGCGGGCAGCUGCUGAUGGCAAGUGCUGGAGUGCGAUUGAGCUCGGCUUUCCACGGCCUAAGCCGGCCCGGCCUGUUGUGGUAAGCCCACCUUCCAGGAACGACAUGGUUUCGAGGGGGGUUCACAAGUCGAAGGACGUCAGUGAUGCUGAUCGUGGGCUCCGUGUCUGGCCAGGGCCGCGGUAAACCGCUGGGCCGGGUUUCUGUUUCGCUUUGCUCUCGAUCCCUUCCACCAAUUCUUAGAUCUCCUGCGCCUGUUCUGCUUCAGUGGUUGUUCCUUUUUGCGCAACAGCACUAUCCCACCAUCUCCCACGUCAUCGCCACUCCGUCGCAAGCAUGCUCCCCCAAAUAUCGCGACAAUUGAGUCGCCAAUGCCGGCGCACUCACCUUCUCCGUCCAACACCCCAUCCCUCAUCACCAAGAACACCACGGUGCAGCAGCAGGACAGUAGCAACCUUCACCACCCCCCACCAAUCCUCCUCCAUCUCCGUCCUCCCCUCCGCCGUCGACCCCUCCUCCCCCGAAUACCUCGAAAACACCAAGCUCAUGUCUGCCGCCAUGUCCCGCCUCGAAUCCCUCACCCGCAAAGCUCACCAGGGCGGUCCCGCAAAGGCAAAGGAAAAGCACCUCGCCAGAAAGAAGAUGCUCCCCCGCGACAGGAUCACGGCUUUGAUCGACCCGGGGAGCACCUUUCUUGAACUUUCCCCCCUGGCCGGUCACGAGCUCUACCCCGAGGCCGAGGUGCCGUGCGGCGGCAUCAUCACCGGGGUGGGUGUUGUCGAGGGAGUGGAGUGCGUAAUCGUUGCCAACGACAGCACCGUCAAGGGAGGGACAUACUACCCUAUCACGGUCAAAAAGCAUCUUCGUGCGCAAGAGGUGGCAAAGGAGAACAACCUCCCGUGCAUAUACCUUGUUGAUUCUGGAGGAGCGAACCUGCCGCACCAGUCGGAUGUGUUCCCGGACAGGGAGCAUUUCGGACGGAUCUUCUACAACCAGGCGAGGAUGUCCGCUGCGGGGGUUCCACAGAUUGCGGUGGUGAUGGGGCCUUGCACUGCGGGAGGGGCGUAUGUACCGGCCAUGAGUGACGAGAGCAUCAUUGUGCAGGAGCAGGGUCACAUCUUUCUUGCGGGGCCGCCGUUGGUCAAGGCGGCAACGGGGGAGGUGGUGAGCCCGGAGGAGCUGGGGGGGGGGAAGAUGCAUAGUAGCGUGAGUGGUGUGACGGAUUACUUGGCGGUGGAUGAUGCCCAUGCUGUUGUGCUGGCGAGGAGGUGCGUGAGUAACCUCAACUGGCCCAAGAAGACCGCACUGGUGAAGACGUAUGAGGAGCCGGUGUAUGAUCCGGAGGAGCUGCUGGGGAUUGCGAGCACCAACCUCAGAAAGCCACUGCCGAUCCAUGAGGUUAUUGCACGGAUUGUGGACGGCAGCAAGUUUAGUGAGUUCAAGAGGGACUUUGGGACCACGCUGGUGACGGGCUUCGCCGAGAUUUACGGGCACAAGGUUGGCAUUGUGGCCAAUAACGGGAUUCUGUUCAGCAGUUCGUCGCUGAAGGGGGCGCACUUCAUUGAGUUGUGCUCUCAGAGGGGGAUCCCGCUGGUGUUUUUGCAGAACAUCAGUGGGUUCAUGGUGGGUAAGGAUGCGGAGAGGGAAGGGAUUGCGAAGAACGGCGCGAAGCUGGUCACGGCGGUGGCGUGCGCGGAUGUGCCCAAGUUUACGGUGGUGGUGGGAGGUAGUUAUGGUGCGGGCAACUAUGGCAUGUGCGGGCGGGCGUACUCGCCGAGGUUCUUGUGGAUGUGGCCGAAUGCGAGGGUGGGCGUGAUGGGUGGUGAGCAGCUCGCCAAGGUGAUGGAGACGGUUGGGAAGGGGGUGGAUGAGGGGUUGAAGGACAGGAUCGAGAAGGAGAGUGAUAGUGUUUUCUCGAGUGCGAGGUUGUGGGAUGACGGUGUCAUUCCACCACAGCAUACCAGGAGAUACCUGGGCCUGGGACUGAACGCCGCGAUGGGAGGCAGGAACGAUGUCAAGGCUGGUGCUACGAAGUUUGGUGUUUUCAGAAUGUAA